AUGGCUGCCACUGGCCCGACCCCCCAGCAGAUCGCGGCCCAGCAGCUGGCGGCUCAGCAGAUGGCAGCGAUACAGCAGCAGCUGGCCGCAGAAGCUGCCAAACGAGGCAUGACGCCGGAAGAGUUCGCCAAAAUGCAGCGAGAGCAGCUGGCUGCUGAGGCGGCCAAGUUGGGCAUGACACCAGAGCAAUACGUCAACCAGCUGAGGAUGCGGGCUAUCCAACAAGCCCAGCAGCAGCGACAAGCCCAAGCCCAGGCCCAGGCUCAGGGCCAAGGACAAGCACAGGGACAAGGACCAGCGCCAGGUCAGCCGCCUCAGCAGAUGCAGCCGCAAAUGCAGCAGGUGCCUGUGAACCCCAAUAAUCCACCGGAUCCCAAGGCGAUAGCCGUGGCCAAGUGGCUGCGGUCGCAGAAUCUGAAGACUCGCACGUGUAUUCUGGACGGGCAGAGGAAGGACAUGUUUAAGGUGAAACGUGCUCUCCGCGCUCUCCAAUCCCCCGAGUAUGCCAAAGCCGCCGCAAAGCCCAAAUCGCUUCUGCCACCUGUGACAGAUAGGGCCUCGGCCGAAAAUGUGUUCAAGCUUCUUCCUCUGUCGUUGCUCGCCUUGCGCGUGUCCAAGGUAGACUCGGCCCACACGCACGGCAAGAAACGGGUCAAGGGCCUGUGGACGGUCAAGAUCGAGCAGCACCAGGAGACGGACCCGAUGAUGCACUACGUCUGGCUGUACGAGGGCCCGCAGUGGAAGCAGAAGGCGAUGGCCGCCGCCGUCGUGGCCGGCAUCUUCGCCGUGGUCCUGUUCCCGCUGUGGCCCAUGGUGCUGCGGCAGGGCGUGUGGUAUCUGAGUAUGGGCAUGAUGGGGCUGCUAGUCCUGUUCUUUGCCAUGGCCAUCUUCCGUCUGAUCCUGUUCUGCGUCACCGUCUUCGUCGUCCCGCCGGGACUGUGGCUCUUCCCGAACCUGUUCGAGGAUGUCGGAUUCAUCGACAGCUUCAAGCCUGUAUGGGGGUGGCAAGAGAAAAAGAAGAAGAAGAAAUCCAAAAAGUCUUCCAGCAAGAAAGCAUCCUCCGAGGCUACUUCCAAGUCUGCUAACGGGGGAGCAACUGCAACUGCAACAACAGCAGCAGCCACUACUGCAGCAGCUACAGCUACAGCUCCCACAAGCGCUACGAGCACAUCCGCAGAGAAUCCUCAAGCAACUGCUGCCGAUGGCGAGACGCCUACGAAACGUCCGCUUGCAGCCACCGUCGAAGAUGCCAAGGAAGAAUGA